AUGGUACUACUUGCUGGUAGGUUGAUCCUAAGAUUGCACCAGGCUCGGGCCUUUCAUGGAAGUUACAACUUUGUUAGUCUGAAAGAACCAUUACUGUCAAGUAAUGAAUGUCAGUGUCAGAUAAAUAACUACAAUACAUCUCUACCACCGGAUUGCCAGUUAGAUGCUUCAUUGCCCCUUCCAAAGAAAUCUCCAGAAUAUCAGAAACAAUUAUUACUGCUGUCUUCAAACCCCAAUGCUUGGAAUACUGAUUGGGAGAGCAAACUUGAACUGAGUAAAACACCGCCAUAUUCUUUGCUAUCUGAACUAAAAACAGAAUUGUCAAAAGCCCAGACCAAAAUAGGCAUUCUGAUUAAUGCGAUAUGCUUUCCUAACAGACCUUCCAUUGAGCACCACAAGAAAAGUGAUACUGACGUUCACUUUCUUGUCAUUCCAGACUUCCGCAUCUAUAGUGUCGGUAUCGAUAAGAUCAAGGACUUUGCAGCUUUCGUAAGUGAGGGGGCUACUUUGGCUGAGGGGUGUCCUAAAAUUUCAUUUAACAAUUACAAACAUGGUGCUGAUCAUAUACAUGACAAUGAUGUGGGAUCGGUCAAGGUAGUAGAAAGCAAAAACUAUCCCCGUUUCGAAGGGCAAAAGUUCGAUCGGGAUUUGAUUUUGGUAUGCGGCCAUAUGAAACGAGAUGCUAGGUGCGGCCUAAUUGCUUCUGAUUUGGUUGCAGAACUUACCCAGCGAGAUCUCCCUGGUAAUGCUGAAGUUGCAAUUACUUCGCAUAUUGGAGGCCAUAAAUUCGCUGGAAAUUUAAUAUGGUAUAGGAGGUUGGGAACUGGUAUAGACGGAAAGCCCAAAGUUGACGGAAUAUGGUUUGGAAAGGUGCUUCCAUAUAGCGUCCCAACCUUGGUUUCUAAAUUUUCCCAAGGUGAAAUUAUAAAGGACUUUUAUCGUGGUGGUAUAUCCAACAGGCAGAAAUAA